ACACUGAAGCAAUGAGUAGCGAGCAUCGUGGAGGCUACGGCGGCGACCGGGGCAGGCGCACCACCGACCACUGUAUGCGGGCUGGCUGGCGGCGCGCUCCGGCCGUGUAAGAGUGUGUGUGCGCAUGUGACCAGAACGUCGCAAAGGAUGGAGGAUAUUAAGGAGAUAUUGGGAAUUUUGAAUUGACGAGGGGACAGCGAGACAACUGCUCUUGGAUUUUCUAUUUAUUUAUUUAUUUUGUCCUCCAUAGAGUGGGAUUGGGAUUAUUCCGCAUGCAAGAUGCCGUUCGCCAAACGGAUCGUGGACCCCCAGUUACUGUGCAGGCAUCCGAUCCCCAACGACGAGGGGUUAGUGUUCGAGGAUCUGGGCUCCGUCACAAGUGUUGUUUUGGCCCGGACCCUGCGGCAGUUGUCGGAGCUGGCCAGACACGCCUGCUCGUUAUUCCAGGAGCUUGAGAAUGAGAUUCUCACCACCAACCAGCGGGUCUGGCACCUUCAGACCAAAAUAGGCAGGAUACAACAGACUGCCAGCGCUUUGGACCCCAAAAAGGAGGCAGUGCCGGUGUCUAACCUGGAAGUGGAAAGCAAGAUAACGUCUCACUACCAAGCGCCAUGGCACCAGCAGCAGAACGUCUUCCACCCCUGCACCCGGCCACCGUGCCUGGAGGAGCUGCACACACACGCCAGGCUCAGCCUCCGUGCCCUGCACAGAGAUCAGCAGCAGCGACAGCGGUCGACCAGCAGAGAGCGCCGAGUCACCAUCUCCAUCUCUGUGGCUCCGCCCCCUUUGCCCACCUUCCCCUCACCACGGAGGAGACACGAGCAGAGGAGCCGGCACGCUCAUGCGAAAGCAGAGAGAGAGGCAGACUUCCAGCCCAGGAAGGAGAGGAUAACGAGAGAGACAGAAAUACAAACGAUACAAAGAAAGGAGAGACCAGGGAGAGAUGCAGACUUCCAGACCUUACAGAGAAAGCGUGCUCACUCCCCCUCCCCCUUUGAGUGUUGCCUGUUCUUCCAAUGGAGCAGAAAGUCUACCUCUACCUCAGAGCCAGACACCGAGGUGUCUGAGGGGCGCAGGAACAAGUGUGUUGCUGCUAACCCUGCUUCCACAACGGCCCAGCAGCAGACCACAUGGUCCAAGGCCACGUCCCCGGAGGACAGGCAGAAGACGGACCCUCAACUGUUGUCCUCCUGCAUCAUCCCCAUAAACGUCACCGGCAUGGGAUUCGACCGCGAGGCGAGCGCACGCUGCUCUCUGGUCCACUCCCAGUCCGUGCUGCAGAGGAGGAGGAAGUUGAGGAGGAGGAAGACCAUAACAGGCAUCCCCCGACGAGUCCAGCACGACAUGGAUUCCGACGAGUCUCCCGUGGCGAGGGAGCGGACGCUGAUCGUGCACGCCAACCCUCACCUCUCGCUGUGCCAGGAGGAGGAGCUGAGCCUCAGCGGGCACCGCCUCCACACCCGCGACUCCGGCUGCCAGACCGACGACUUCCUCAUCACCGCCGCCGCCCCUUCCCGCCGGCGAAUCAGGGCCCAGCGAGGCCAGGGGAUCCCCGCCUCCCUGUCCCACUCCACGGGCAACAUCCUGUCCCUGCCGGACCACUCGGAAACGCUGUACGCCUCCUCGGCCUCCGGGGGGCGCCUGCGCUCUCGAAGUCUCCCGAGGGAGGGGGGCCGCCUCAGGGACGAGGUGGACAGCGACGAGGACGAGGACGACGACGACGAGGACGAGGACGACGACGAGGAGCUGUCCCCGUACGAGGCGGAGGACUUCCUGCCCGGGACGGGCCAGAGGAUGCUGAUGAUGAUGAAGGACGAGGAGGAGAGCACGGACGACCAGGCCAUGCCCGAGCUGCAGCUGGGCAGUCUGAAGCGGUCCCAGAGAGGGGGAGGAGGGGGAGGAGGAGGAGGAGGAGGAGGGGGGAGUCCGGAGCACGGCUGGAUGGAGCGAGGGCGCUCCCGGCUGCCUCGCAAAGCCGACAUGGGCAGCUGCGAGGUGUCAUCGUCCUCGGACACCUUCUCCAGUCCCAUCCACUCGCUGUCCACUACCGGGGGGCUCGGCGGGGGAGUCGACCACAAGGAGGACCACCAAUCAUCGAGCGGCAACUGGAGUGGCUCCUCCUCGACCUGCCCUUCCCAGACCUCCGAGACCAUCCCCCCUCCGUCCUCCCCGCCCCUCACGGGCUCCUCCCACUGCGACUCGGAGCUUUCGCUCAACGCCGCGCCGCACGCCAUCGACGAGCUGACGGGCUUCAUCAUUGACCCCUCCUACCAGGACCGCCCUCAGUGCCAGGGUCAGAGGUCAAGCUCCUUCACCUCCUCAGCGACGGACCAGCUGGAUGACGCUGGGGUCAGUACUGCUAGCGAGGGGGAGUGGGCCUACCCUCCGGACCAGCCUGACCAGGACCAGGACCAGGCAGGGGCUCCGGACUACAGCCCCAAACGUGGACUGGAAGAGCAUGGGAGCAGGGGCCUGAGGUCUGGGGCCUACCCCUCCACCUACCUGGGCUUCUCUGAUCCACAUAGUCUGAGACAGACAGAGACAGAGCCUCACCCACACACUCUCCUCUCCUCCUCCUCCCACUCCGGGCAGGGCUACAUGGGCUAUCUGUGUGACUAUCCAGCUCUAGGCUCUGACUGUGGCCAGGGGCAGGGAGGAGGUUGCAGAGGGGGCACUAUGACCCUGGGCAGACCCUGCCGGCCGCUGAGAAAGGCUAAGGCCAAGCCUCCACCUCCCAGGAGAAGCUCCUCCCUGAAGGAAAGUACUGGUGCCAGCGUUGACCCGGAGAUAACCGUGAGGGACUCAGAAACAGGACCUGGGCCAGACCCAGACCAAGGCCAAGACCAAAAUCAAAAUCAAAAUCAAGACCACAACCUAAGACAGAGCCAGAGCCAGUGUCAAAGCCAGAGCCAGAGCCAGGAACAGGGUCAAAAUCGAGAUCAUGGACAGGACCAGGGUCAAGACCAGGGCCAGAGUCAGGACCAGGACCAGGCCCAGGCCCUGAACCAGGCCCGGGACCAACACCAGGACCAGGACCAACCAAAGAUAGGUAGUGAAGAGAACCUAAGCUUGUCUUCCGGCGAUGGGCAGCUGGAACUUGAAGUAGGUGGGGUCUCAGGGCAGUUGGACCCAUCAGGGUUGGUGACACAGCCCCUGGGAGCCUGGGGGGUUGGUGUGGACCUAACGGAGCCCACCUCCUUCGGCUCCACAGACACACAUUCCUUCAAGGACGAAGGGGCCGUUCAGUCUGACUAUGCCAACCUAUGGCUGCACAGCGACCUCAAAUCCCCCGCCCCCUACCCCCCCCUCUCCAACCCCAGCCCUGGCACCACCAUCAUCGAGUGUCUGCGAUCUCCGGAGAGCCCCUGUUCCGCCCUCCCUCCUCCGCCCCCUCAGGCCUCUCCCCUCCUCCCGCCAGGGGAAGCAGACUACAGACUGGGCUCUCCCGAGAAGCUGGCCGGCCUGGCCUCCCCCUCGAGUGGCUACUCCAGCCAAUCAGAGACGCCCACGUCAUCAUUCCCCGCCGCCUUCUUCCCCUGCCCCGUGUCGCCCACCAGCGGGAAGAGGAAGCCCAAAGUGCCCGAGAGGAAGUCCUCCCUGGCCUCGCUGCAGCGUGACCCCGCCCCUUCCUGUCGGACAGAAGCGGACUUCCCCGCGCCUCCCUCCCAGUUGGAUUUGAGCGCGCUCCACAGCCACGGACAUGGACACGCCUACGCUAGGCACACCCUGUCCCACAGGUCGCACCUUCACACGCUGCACCACCACAAGCAGAGGGCAGUGGCUAUGGCGGCGGCCGCUGCCGAAGCGAGGGCUGUGGGUUCAACCAUGCACGCCGAGGGUUCUGGCUCCGCCUCCAUCCCGCUGGCAAUAGGCCCCUCCCUCCUGGCAGCCAUCACACCCUCAGCGCUUCGAUCCGUCCAGCUGAGGUCGGUUGGUGGUCAGAGCCUUAAGAACAGUAGCGGGCCAGAAAUGGAGAACACCGCCACCAGACCCAAAUGUCCCGGCAUGGCCCCCGUAGCCCCCACCCUGUCCGUCAACACCAGGCCUCUCCCCCCUCGGAGACCCCCUCCUCAGAGACCAGCUCCUCAGCCUGACCCUCACUACUCCUCCCCCGAGCACCUCCCCCCUCCUCCCACCCGCCAGCACCCAGAUGGCCCCCCUCCUUACGAGAGCCUGCGUCUGCGACAGGACCGGUAUGGACCCGGAACAUUCUGGGCCAUGACGGCCUUCAGAACCCGCGUGGAUUCCCCUGAGGACCCUCUCCAUCGCCCCCCGCCGCACCCACCACACCCCUCCCCUGUAGACAUGCACAUCACACACUCCCACACACACCCGCCAGAGUUCAGGGUGCUGGGAGAACGCAUGUUCUCCCCUGAGGAAGAGGACGACGAGGACGAAGAAGAGGAGGAGGAAGAGCCGCAGAGGGAGACCCUACAGACUUCCAGAACGAUGAGCUCCAGGACAGGGGCGAUGAUGGAGCCCCGUGCCCCACCAGGGUAUGUCCUGACUGGGGAGAGGCAACGUGGGCCUGGGGGCUGGGGUGUUCCUGGAGGGACGGACUCAGGACCUUGUCACAGUCCAGACAAAGUGCCUGCAGGGAGGACAUACAUGUCGCACCCUUACUUGAUCCACAAUGCACUGGGAGGACGAAGAGCUGGAGGAGGAGCAGGGGAGGAAGAGGAGGAGGAGGAGGAAGAAGAAGGGUUAGCAACUAGGAGCGCUCCUAACCAAGAUGGCCGAGAGGACUCCACCACUCCUGAUACAGAAGGAUAUUUUAGCAAAGACUCCACCCCCAGUGACAACUCACUCUCUCCCCUGACUGAUGACAAUAAAACCGACGACGACAUCGUCUUCACGUCGCCCAAUAAAAUGCGUACAACGGAGGACUUGUUUGCCAUGAUCCACAGGUCCAAGAGAAAGGUCUUAGGCAGGAAGGAUUCCGGUGAACUGGGUUCCAAGAACCGCCUGUGUCCUCCAGCGCCCCCCGUCCCCAUCACAGCUGCCCCCGCACCAGCCAUGGCCAUGGCACCGCCCGCUCCUCUGAGCACCCCAACCACCCCCGCAACCGCCGCCGCUCCCCCAGCCGGCGCCCAGCGAGCCCCAGUCCCUAUUUACCGCUGCGCCAAGAAGUCCAGCACCUCCAACGAGGAGUUCAAGCUGCUCCUCCUCAAGAAGGGCAGCAGGACUGACUCGAGCUACCGCAUGUCCGCCAUCGAGAUCCUAAAGAGCCCCAUAGCCCCGAAGAAUAUCGGGGACACCCUCGUGGAGGGCGGGGCCAGGCUGGGGGCCGGCGAGGAGCUCCCCUCCCCCCUCCAAGACCUACCCUCGGUCCCCGACCAGCUCCUGCCCCCACCUGGCCUCUUCCCCCCGAGGCCCACUGCUGAGAGCUUCACCACAAAGACCCUCCCCAUGUCGGCGGCCUCACGGCAGGGCAGGUCAAGGAUCCCCCCGGCGGCCAAUAGCAGCCGCUACAGCGCGCGAUCCCGCCUCUACACAGCCCCCAUGCAGGCCAUCUCAGAGGGAGAGACCGAGAACUCCGACGGCAGUCCCCACGAUGACCGGUCGUCUUAGUGUUCGGAUGGAACUCACCGGGACCACAUCCAGACCAUGACCCAACCUCCUACUGCCCCAAAACAAUCGUAUGCAAUCCUGUCAAAUAGAGGCUCGGGUCAGGGAGUCAGGGGGUCACGCGUGCGGAGGUCAGAGGCUCCAGCUGGAGGACCUUGUUGUUUUACAUCCAGGGUCAAAACUUAAUUUGUUCAGAUGAACUCAUUAGACUUCUUAUUGUGACUGGGCGCUCUUCUCAUUUUAUACUAUCCAGAUAAGGAGUGGAAGUUAAAGAAAAGGGGAUGUAAGACCUGUGUGUGUGGGUGUGUGUGUGUGUGUGUAUCGGAGCAAAUGGAAUAUCCACCGUUAUUUCUACUUCCUGGUUCAGUAAGGGGACUGGUAUGCCAGCAGAGGAGCAUCUUUCAGAAGUCUCCUACACCC